AUGUCCCGCGUCACCGCAGCCCCAGCCAAGCAGCUCUCCCGCUCCCUCAACGCAACCUCUCGCUCAGGUGUCCUCCUCGACCACAAUGCCGGUGCCGUCCUGAUGCCCAAAUAUGCCGAGCUCCUGCGUGGGAAUGAGCAUCACGAUUCCCGCCACCUCACAACCACCCACCGUCCCACCCCUCAGCCAUCCAUCUCCAACCGCAUCAGGCCGCUCAUGCAGACCUUCCACUCCACGACGGCCGCCUCGUCGGCGCCCUCGCCAAACCUCGACGCCGUCGUCCUCAGGACCCCCCCGUCGAGACCCUCGCCCGACGACGUUCCCGCCAUGAUCCCCAUCCUCCCGGACAACUACUCCUCCUCCAGGGCCGUCAACCCUUCCCCGGAAUUGAGCACCCGCUCGGCGAACCUCGGCACCACCAUCGUCGCCGCCGACCCAGCAAAGGUCAUGCCCUCCACCCCUCUGUCCGACGUCCACCCCGCCGGUCUGGACCAUGUCGAGCUCAAGUUUGCCCGCGCCGGCGGCGACGGCGCCCGCGCAGGCACGGCUGCUACCGCCUCCCCCAGCGCUCCCGAGGCGGAGAGUACUAUGCUCAGGGAUCUGUGGAAGGGGAUAGUCGAUGAUAUCUUUGGUGAGACCCCUGCCAAGGCUAAGGGUGCCAAAUAG